AUGCUCACUCGCCCAAUCUAUCGUGGCUGGACUGCGAAGAGCCUCCGCCGACAACUCUCAUCUCAGGCAGGUUCUGGCCUGAAGAUCAACUCCGAUCGUCUUCUAGAAACUCUUCACCACACCUGCCAAUGGGGUGCAGCUCAUCGAUAUGGCGAUGCUCCAACCGAGACCGGGAUGAACAGACUAUGUUUGACGGACGAUGAUGCCCGCGUACGUCGAUGGCUGCUGGACGAAGCUGAGAAGCUGGGCUGCAGCCCGCGCGGGGGUCGCUAUGAUGGCAUCCUCGGCGUCAUUGCCGCAUUAGAGGUGCUGCGCACGAUGAAAGACCAGGGCUACCAAACCCAGUUCGAUGUCGGGUUGGUGAACUGGACCAAUGAGGAGGGCGCCCGUUUCCCCAAAUCCAUGUGCUCAUCCGGCGUCUGGGCCGGCGAGAUCCCCCUCGAGAAAGCCUGGAAUCUGUCAGACAUCUUCAACCCAUCCGUGACUCUCCGCUCCGAGCUCAAGCGCCACGGCUUCCUGGGCGACACCCCUUGCUCCCCCGCAGGCUACCCACUGGGCGCGCACUUCGAGCUCCACAUCGAACAGGGCCCCAUCCUGGAGGACGCGAACAAGAAGAUCGGCCUGGUGACCGGAGCCCAGGGCUAUCGAUGGCUGAGCAUCAACGUGACAGGGCGCGACGCUCACACAGGCACAACUCCCCUCCGCGCACGACGCGAUCCGCUCCUCGCGGCCUCCAAAAUGAUCGCCGCGUCGAACGCUAUCGCCAAGCAACACGGCGCGCUCGCAUCGACAGGGGUACUGAAGCUGCCGCCCACCGCGUCCACGAAAACCGUGGCGUCGGAGGUGACCUUCACCCUCGACAUCCGCCACCCGCGCGACAGCGUCGUGCACGCGGUCCAGGAUGAGUGUCUGAGUGUCUUCGCGGAGAUCGCGCGCGAAGAUGGCAAGGGGGUGACCUUCGACUGGACGCUGGAUACAGAUUCGCCCGCUGUGCAGUUUGACGCGAACUGCCUCGCAGCCGUCAAGGACGCCGCAACACAGCUGGUGGAUGCGGAUGGGUGGCUCGAGAUCACCAGUGGCGCGGGCCAUGAUACUGUCUAUACCAGUCGACACUGCCCGACGGCGAUGAUCUUUGUCCCCUGCAAGGAAGGGGUCAGUCACCAUCCGGAGGAGUACUGCAAGCCGGAGGAUUGCGCCCUUGGAACGCAAACACUGCUUGAGGCAGUGGUCAAUUACGAUCGCAUGAGGAGCAAGCUUAAGUAG